AUGAGCUCGAACGAGGAGGAAGAUGUAAAGCUGUACAGCGCGUUGGAUCGCAACAAGAAGAGGAAGAUGAUGGUCUCACUCUCGUCUUCCUCUGGAGAAGACACAGACGAUAAAGACCGUCUAGACGAUGUCAAGAUUUUAGAGACACCUGAAAAGAGAAAACGACACAAGACAUUGCUUAAAGAUACAGUCACAAAUGAGAACAUUCAAAUAAUUCUGGAUAGUAGUGAUGAAGACGAUGAUCUAUAUACGCCAGGCGAGAAACAAGCGGAACGUCUGCGAAAGCAGCAGCUGGAGCGUGAGAUUCGUCAGAAGCUAGAGAAGGACAAGGUGCUGAACCAAACCCGAGCUAUUUUGAGCAAGGUAUCAUCUACGAAAAGAAAGACAAAUGAGAAAAAUUUGGAAAUCAUUUUGUUGGACUCUGAUUCCGCUGAUGACAAUGACGGUGAUGCUCCGGUUGAGCCUGUUGCACUGCUCCCUUUGCAGUCAGUUGUGGACAAAGGAGCACGGAUUUUGUUGCACGUUCGUUCUAAUGGUGGCGCGGUCGACGAGGUUGCUAUGUAUAAGAAGGAGACUUUUGACCAGCUAUAUGUCCGCUUUUGUGAGUUGCAUGGAUUGCCGCAAUCAGCUGUUAACAUGAUGCUGGAUGGAGAGGUGCUGUCGCUGAAAGCUACCCCUGACAGCGAGGACUUGGACUCUGGUGAUCUGAUUGAAGCCAAAGUGGACUUUUCCAAGCAGAUCGAGUCGAAAAAGAAAACAUACCUACGCUUGCGACUGGUAAUGUUUGGCAAGCGAUCAGAAAUUUUUAAGAUUGACGCAGCUGCGACAGUGGAGAAAUUGCAUACGAGCUACUGCAAGCGCCAUGACAUCGCUAACCCGGCUGAUGUCGUUAUGAGCGUACAAGAUCAGGAGCUUAGACUGAAUGAACAUCUUGGCUUUUAUGGUCUCACCGACCACGACGAAAUUUUCGUCAAACGUGGUAACAGCGCUGGUUUGCCCCAUACAGCUACUACGAUUCGGGGAAACGAUAUUGACAACAUCGAGUCAUUCCAAGCUUACUGA